CACCAUUCGUUGUGAAACGAAGUGCAGAAUUGAGGGGGUUGAAGACCGUGUGAUAUUGCGAAUACACCAGCAAAAAUGGCGGACAGGAUAUACAAUCCUAAUCCUGAGCUUGCGAAAAAUGCCCACUGCAAGAGUAUGGAACAGUACAGGAGUAUGCAUGAAAAAUCCAUUGAAUAUCCCGAAGCAUUUUGGGGUGAAAUUGCUAAGCAAUUUUACUGGGAGACCCCAACGUCCAAUGACAAGUUUUUCUCCUACAACUUUGACCUCAACCAGGGCGACAUUUACAUUAAAUGGAUGGAAGGUGCUACGACAAACUUAAGCUUCAACUUGCUGGACAAGAAUGUUAAAUGUGGAAAUGGUGAUAAAAUAGCAUUUUACUGGGAGGGCAACGACCCGGACGAUUACUCAAAACUGACGUACAAGAAGCUUCUGCAGGAGACAUGUAUGUUCGCGAAUGUCUUGAAAUCGAAGGGUGUACAGAAAGGAGAUCGAGUGGCAAUAUACAUGCCCAUGAUCCUUGAAUUACCAGUUGCAAUGCUCGCAUGCACGAGAAUUGGUGCUGUUCACAGUGUAGUUUUUGGAGGAUACUCAUCAGACUCAUUGGCGGAGCGCAUGAUGGACUGCAAAGCUAAAGUUCUGAUAACAGCGGACGGAGUUUACCGAGGUGAGAAGCUACUGCUACUCAAGAACAUUUGUGAUGAUGCACUAGCCAAGGUGAAGGCUCAUGGACACGAGGUGGAGAGUUGUGUGGUGGUUGCCCACUUGAGGAGGCUGGCGAAUCCACAUGGAAAAACAACAGCUGGGGAUAAAAAGAAUGGUGUGAAUGGUACGAGUAAUGGGGGCUCGAGUGAGCCAAGUGUUUCGUGGGAUGAUGACAGAGAUUGUUGGUGGCACGAGGAGAUGGAGGAGGCCGAGCCAAGCUGUUAUCCAGUCUGGGUGGCUGCUGAGGAUCCCCUGUUCAUCCUUUACACCAGUGGAUCAACGGGAAAACCUAAAGGAGUUUUGCACACAACCGCUGGCUACUUAAUCUACGCUGCCACAACUUUCAAAUAUGUUUUCGACUACAAACCAGGUGACACCUACUGGUGCACAGCAGACAUUGGCUGGAUCACUGGGCACACUUACGUGGUUUAUGGACCCCUUGCCAACUGUGCAACAUCCGUUAUCUUCGAAGGUACACCGUUCUACCCACACAAUGACAGAUACUGGUCUGUCAUCGACAAGUACAAAGUUAAUCAGUUUUACACAGCGCCUACAGCCAUCAGGAGUUUGAUGAAGUUUGGAGAUGAACUCGUCAAAAAACACGAUCUCAGUACAUUGAAGGUCCUUGGAUCCGUCGGUGAGCCCAUAAAUUCCGAAGCCUGGUUAUGGUUUUACAAUCACGUGGGCCACGGUAAAUGCAGUAUAGCUGAUACAUUCUGGCAGACGGAAACUGGAGGGCACGUUAUUACACCAUUGCCAGGAGCAACGCCUAUGAAGCCAGGUUCAGCAACAUUCCCAUUCUUCGGAGUUCUUCCGGAGCUUUUGGAUGAGGAUGGCAGAGUAAUUGAGGGAGAGGGUGAGGGUUAUUUGGUCUUCAGAAAACCCUGGCCUGGAAUGAUGAGGUCACUCUAUGGAAACCACGAGCGCUUCCAGACAACAUACUUCGACAGAUUCCACGGGUUUUAUUGCACAGGAGAUGGGGCUAAACGCGAUGCUGAUGGGUAUCUCUGGGUCACCGGGCGCAUUGAUGAUAUGUUAAAUGUCUCGGGGCAUUUAAUGUCAACGGCGGAAGUGGAGAGUGUACUGACGGAGCAUCAGGAUGUGGCUGAAUCUGCUGUUGUCAGUAAACCUCAUCCAGUUAAGGGACAGUGUCUUUACUGCUUUGUUACACCGAAUGAGGGGAGGACAUUUAGCAAACAAUUACAGGAUGAACUCAAGAGGAAAGUGAGAGAAAAAAUUGGACCUUUCGCCCAACCGGACGUGAUACAGCAUGCUCCAGGUCUACCAAAAACUCGCUCAGGGAAAAUAAUGAGACGUAUACUUAGAAAAAUAGCAAUUGGCGAUAGGAAUGUGGGUGACGUUUCCACCCUCGCUGACGAAGGGAUCGUCGAUGUACUUUUUCAACUGAGGCCACAAGCCUAAGGAGAAUACUAAAGUGAAACUAAAAACGAAAGAAUAUGCACUAGUAACAACGAUCAUUGUUUAGUGAAUGUAAUUAUUUUCAGGCAUUUUUUUUGAUGAUUUAAAACCGUGAGAAAUUACACGAAAAAGUGCUUAAAUGCUUGUCGACUCGUGUAUUGAUUGCAGAGAGUGCUAAAAUACGAGAUAUUGCUGAUUUACGUGAGAAAUAGAAUCUCGAGUGAGGAAUUUAAAGAGAAGAAUUAAUUAUUAAUGAAAAACGUUGAAAGUCCAUGGGCUUUAAGUAACUGAAGAUACUUUACUGUUAAAUGACAUUUAAAUAUUAAGUGCCGUUGACUGGAAAUGCUACAAAAAAUGUUUAGAUAAUAUGUUAUCCAGAGAGAAAAAAUUUAGCUGAAGAAACUAAAAAUUAUUUAAUGAAAAAAAAAACGAAAGAAAGUCUAUCACUACCAAUAACUAAACAGAAAACGCACUUGCACCAAUGCACAUGUGAUUUAACGAGAGGAUUAAUUUUAACAAAGUGGCCCACAAAAAGAAAUAUGAACAGAGCUCUAUAUUAUACACAAAAAAAAAGAUAAGCAAGGAUAAUGCAAAUUAUAAUUAAUAAACGUCGUGCUCGGCCCACGAGGCGACGUCGCAAAACAUAUCAUUCCUUGUGGAACAAAAGUACUUCUAGGUAUGAUAAUUAUUCUAAGCGAUAAUUAUAGAUUAUACACAUGUGUGAUUAUGAGUUGAAAAUAAAUAUAUGGAGAACACGUUGUACAAUGUAUAUGUAUAUAUACAAAGGUUAAGACUCAAUCAUAAUGUUGAAAGUGAAAA